AUGGAUUUUCUAUCUGCGUGUCGCGCACCGCUUGUUAACCACCUCGACACGAUUCUUCAUUCACCUCUGGACCAUCCACCAGAAUCGGCGUCCGCAGUGGCCAAUUUACCGUGUGCUCAUAUACACCCCGAUCCGCCCGUCUGCUUCGUGUCCAACACCGUGAUCUACCCCUCGCCACCCCCCACAGGUUCCGAGCCAAGCCGCAACGUUCCUCUCCCGACUUUGCCUACCCCCUCCUCGUCACCGACUCGCGAUCGCUGUUCCCCGGAUCUCGGGCCCCUCUCGCCGAUCAUGGAACAUGAAGAGUUCCCUCCUGUACCCCCGCCACAUGAACAUGUCCCGCUUUCACCCCCUCCUACACAGCCCUUGCACGCCCGUUCUCUACCCGACAGUAGCGGCGACCGUGAUCCUAUCCAUGAACCAUCAGGCGUUAGCCCGAUCGCGUCGGAAGGGGUCGUGUCGCAACUGCAAUGGCAAAUGAAAGGAGCGCACUCGUCUAUUCCGCGUUCAACGGGAUGGCACACGCAUCAAACCGAGUCUACUCUCUUCGGACCGAACGUCAAUUGGCGAGAGCACGACUGGGAAGAUCUUCCUGCAGAUCGGCCCGCUUCAUCUAUCCUGGGCUUGCGCGAUGCGGUGGAGGAUCGUUCCUUGCCAGAACCUUCCAGCAGGAGAUCGAGACAGAUGCCUCUUCAUCCCUCAUAUCCUGAUCCGGACGAGGACGCGAGCCUGACGUCUUCAUCGCGUCAAAACCCACCAUUCUGGGGCUCAGAAGAUGCGUUUCCUAGCGGGCCCUCGUUCUUCGGACCGAAUGCGUUCUCGGGAGAACCGUCAUCGGAGGCCGGUGCCUCAGUAGCGUCCGGUCCUCAGUCGUCGUGGCAGGAGACACAGACGAACGACAUCCACAGUCUAGGGCUUCUUGAAGGUCCCAUGAUGGUACUCCCGCCGUGGGAUGGUUCGAGUCUAUCAAUGGCCUCCUCGUCCCCAGACGCGCCCCGUGCUCGGUUGCUAACCCGAGCGCCUCCGCCCGCAGUGCACAGCCAGGAUUCUAAUCCAUCCGUUCCCUCAGAGAGACGCCGGCCAAUCGAGCUCGACGAGCUUCCUCACGAGCAGAUCCCGCCACGGAACAAAGCAACUCAAUCGUUCGAAGCCAGCCUAUCGCUCCCGCAAGCGGCGGAGGCUGGCGUAUUGGCCUAUCCGUCUGUUUAUCUCCACGAGCCCGUGCCCGUUGCGUUACACAGCCAGGAGCCGAAUCUUCAGGCAACCUCUGAGAAGCGUCCGACGCUCAAGCUCCAUGCGGCCUCGUCUGUAACAUUACAUUCCCGAUCACCGGAGCAGAUGCAUAUACCCGAAGCCGACCAUGAUCAAACGCCCGGUACGCUCCCGGAUGCUACGCACCGUUCGCCUUUGUUUUACCCCCACGACUGGCAACCUGCGGAAAAUGCUUCUUCGUCGGCGUUGGAGCAUAUGGAGGUCGAUGUCGAACACCCGUCACCCGGAGCUUCGUCGCUCCUCUCCUCACUCUCCGCCCAGUCCUCUCAAUCGUCCGCGUUCGGGAUAAACACGCCUACGGACUCGGAGUUCAACUUGUUUGGGGGUCCUGACAACGUCAAAAGUUGGUAUCCGCCAAAUCAUCGGCAUCCAACCUUUUUCUUCGACGAAGACGACAUGGACGAGAUGUUGCCCCCUCCUCCGUCGCCUUCCAGACGCGGCUUUCUGUCGCUUGAGGACCUGGAGGAAGAGCCGCCGACAGCAGUGCCCGGUUCGCCCUCGCGCAGGUCUAGUUUGCCAGAGCUCGAGAUGGACACGGAUGACGACGCCGAUGGGCGAUCCGACACCCCUUUCGUCCCCGAAGAGCCGCCUCCAGGGUCGCCGAGGCGCCGCUUCCUCUCUCUCGAGGAAGAGUCAGCCAUACCACCGCCAUCGCCGUUCUCCGCCUACUGUUCGCACAUGCAAACGCCGUCUCCUCCGCCAGCCGAUCUCCCCGCGGCCUCGACCUCGAGCCUGUUACUCGUUCCCGGCACUACGAUCUCAUCCUCUCCUCCCCCGGACGAUCCGCUCCUUCGAGAGCUUCAGAUCCCCGCCAACCUCGACCCGGCAUCGGAGCUUGCACGCUUGUGCGGACUCCGCGCACGCGCACUCGCAGCCGAGCGCGCAGAACGCAAGAUCGAGGCACAGCUUGCCGACCGUCUUGCACGUCUCUCAGCCGAUAUCCUCUACUCGAAGCCUUCACUGCCGUCGGCCUGGGACCCCUUCGAGGCGGAGGCGAGGAGGGAAUUGCAGGCCGUGAUGACGCUUCGUGCAGAAGCCAAGAGGCGAAGAAAGCGAGCCAAGGAGCGCGGCAGGGAGGUCGGGGCACUGUUGAGUCUCAGGCUACGCGGGGAGUGCCCGGAGGGCGAGCGUACGGUUGAAAUUGUGAGCGGCGGCGGCGCGUCCAAAGGCCCGACGCGGAGCGUAUCGCAACUGGCGGCGAAGAUGCUUUUCAGGAGAAGAGAGUCGAGCGCGAGGUUGCUCGCUAAUCGACGCAGCGCUAUGGACCUCGAAACGGAAAAGAGGAACGGCUCGUCGUUGUCAAGAUCAGUGUCGGCGGAGGAUCUCACACAGCUCGUGGCGGACCUAGACAUUGUUCCGGACUUGCAACUGAAGGGGUUGGAAUGCUUUUGACGUUGUUGUAUGCUUUGCUAGUGCGUGAGGGCGCGAAACGAAUGCCAAACAUCAAGGAUUGUAUAUUAUCUCUCAUCCUUCAUUUCUCAUACCAUGCAAUAUGUACUUGACGAAAUACGUCUUCC